AUGAAUUCAAUGGGUUUAAAAUCCAAUAUUUGCGCUGUAGAAUUUGUUAACGGCAUGGAAUAUCAAAAACACUGCGAACUACAUAUGUUAUGUAAUUUAUGUAAUCAGAUGUUCAUAAAUUCUCAAGCAUUAGAAUUUCAUUAUGGAACUCAUCACAAUCAGCAACAACAAUGUCAAUAUAAUUUUGAACAAUAUCGUCAUGCUGGACAAUACAAUAAUCAUGGGCAAUAUAAAUAUUCUAGAGAAUAUAAUCAACAACUACAAUCAUAUCAAAAUAAUCGCUAUCAUCCAUAUCUUUUACAUCAACAACGGAAGAAAGAACUUCAUAGAUCACAGCAGCAACAACUUGAUCAACAACAGGACCAACACAGUUUUCAUCAUCAACAGCAACAAUAUCAAACAUACCAACAACAAUACAAUAUUAAUGAACAACAGUCGCAAUAUCACCAUCAUCAGCAAAUGGAAAAUAUCGAAGGAAAUGAGCAGCAACAAUGUAACCAACAACAACAAAUGGACAAUCACGAAGGAAAUGAACAAAAUAUUCAACAACAGAUGUCUGAAAGAAAGAGGCAAUCAUAUGUCUUUAUGUAUUGCGAUUCGUGCAACAUAAAUGUGCGAAAAAAUCUGUGGUUUAAUCACUGUAGAACAAACUCUCACAAAGAAAAAAGUUGUACCGUCAUUGAUCCUAGAAUGGUAUUGAUAAAUAGUGGUUUUCAAAAUCGCAUUAAAACUUAUCAAUAUAAGUGCGAAGAAACUACAAUCAAUAUUGAUGAUUUCUUUUCGAAAUCUAAAGAUGCAAUAACAAAUAUGAUUAAACAUGCUGUGGAAACGUACGCAGUUUUAAAAUUUAAUAUAGAAGUCGUUGGUGAAUAUGCAAAGAUAUUUGAGGAUGAAAUCAAGGUUAUGUUCAUAAAUUCUCAAGCAUUAGAAUUUCAUUAUGGAACUCAUCACAAUCAGCAACAACAAUGUCAAUAUAAUUUUGAACAAUAUCGUCAUGCUGGACAAUACAAUAAUCAUGGGCAAUAUAAAUAUUCUAGAGAAUAUAAUCAACAACUACAAUCAUAUCAAAAUAAUCGCUAUCAUCCAUAUCUUUUACAUCAACAACGGAAGAAAGAACUUCAUAGAUCACAGCAGCAACAACUUGAUCAACAACAGGACCAACACAGUUUUCAUCAUCAACAGCAACAAUAUCAAACAUACCAACAACAAUACAAUAUUAAUGAACAACAGUCGCAAUAUCACCAUCAUCAGCAAAUGGAAAAUAUCGAAGGAAAUGAGCAGCAACAAUGUAACCAACAACAACAAAUGGACAAUCACGAAGGAAAUGAACAAAAUAUUCAACAACAGAUGUCUGAAAGAAAGAGGCAAUCAUAUGUCUUUAUGUAUUGCGAUUCGUGCAACAUAAAUGUGCGAAAAAAUCUGUGGUUUAAUCACUGUAGAACAAACUCUCACAAAGAAAAAAGUUGUACCGUCAUUGAUCCUAGAAUGGUAUUGAUAAAUAGUGGUUUUCAAAAUCGCAUUAAAACUUAUCAAUAUAAGUGCGAAGAAACUACAAUCAAUAUUGAUGAUUUCUUUUCGAAAUCUAAAGAUGCAAUAACAAAUAUGAUUAAACAUGCUGUGGAAACGUACGCAGUUUUAAAAUUUAAUAUAGAAGUCGUUGGUGAAUAUGCAAAGAUAUUUGAGGAUGAAAUCAAGGUUAUUGAUUAG